GAUUAUUUGUUUUUAAUUUUCUACGCGAAAUUUGUAUUAAUAUAGUUAAUUUCGAUACAUAAAUAAUUUAACAAGCAACUGGAAACGAAACUACAAUCAAAACCAAAACACAUCGUUUUUAUGGGUAGAGGAAGGUCACGUGUUGGUUAUUAUUGCUGGUGAACGUGGUGUGGUGUUCAGUCAAGAAAGUAAUAUGAAUAGAAAGAAAGAAAUUGAAGUGAAGAUAAUUUGGCUACCAAAGCAAAAAAUAGAUUAUAUUAAAAAGAAGGUUGAAGAUUGCAUAGGAUGUAAAUUGUCAGAAUGGGAAGAGAUUCCACGACUUCCAGAUUACUAUGAAGAAGAACAAAAUGUGUUAAAUUGCAAAUUAAAUUUGCCAAAAUCUUUAGAAGAUUACAAGCAAAUUUUAAUAGAAAGAUGGUGCAGGCAAGAUUUUGGUCAAAAUCAAGCUUGGAUAUCGAUUAAAGAAAAUAAAAUAUUUGAUUCGUUCACUAAACUCAAUGAUAAAGAGGUAAAUAUUCACAGUUUUGCUUUUGGAACAAUUGUCGGAUUAAAUAAUUUGGUCGAACAUUAUGAUACUGCCAAACAAAAUCUCGACAACUCUUUAGAGUAUAAAAUAACGCAGAUAAAAGGAGAUUUUGAACAUGAUUGUAAGAAACUGCUCAUAUAUUUUAUUGUUACCAAAAAGAAUUUGAAUAAAAAAGAAAAGAGUGCUGAAACACAUUUGUUACACAAAUUUGAAAUAAAAUAUUCAGAUAUUUAUAGGAUACUCAUUAAUAAAGUGCCAACUAAUAAAACAGCAGAAGUGUGUUUAUAUAUCACUUAUCCAGCAAUGGUGUAUAUGGUGAAAAUUCCAGAAAAUGCCAAAACAGAGGAAUAUACAAAUUAUACUAACAGAAAACCAUGCACUCAUUAUACCAGGAUGCCGAGUUUUUAUCAUUGCUCCAAGUCCGACAUUGGCCUGUCAACUGUACUAAAGUUGCAGAUGACAUGGGAAAAAUCGCAAGAUGUUAUCCAUCGUCUGGUCGAUAACUGCAGGAAUAUGGAUUAUUUCUUUUCUUUCCUUAACAAAAGCAAAAGACCUAAGAAUUAUCCAAUUCCGCAAAUUCCAAGCGAUAACUUUAACUGUAUUUACUUGUUAAAAUGCAUCAUUUCUAGAACCAGGGAUGUUUCUGUACAAAUAUAUUUGCAAAACAAUCUUCGAGAUAUAAAUGAGAAAUUAAAGAGAUGUGUUUCUGAAAAUCCUAAAGCAUUGGAAUUGACAUUAAUUGAAAUUAAUGCAGCUCUGGAAAGGAAACACAUUGUUAUGUUUGAAAAUGCUCUGAAUGUUAUUUACAAUAGAAACAAAGAUUUUAAUGAUGAUGACGUCAAUGGAAAAAAUGGUAAUUGUGUUAAUGUUCGACGAGCUAUUCUGACACCAACAAGAGUAAUCUUUCUCCCACCUCAGACGUAUUUUAAGUGUCGCUUCUUUAGAAAGUUUGAUGAAGAAAAUGCACUGAGAGUAUCCGUGAGAGACGAUAAUUUCGAAAAACUGUCAUUUUCAUUUCGAGGGGAUCAGUCUGAGUUCAACAAAGCUAUUGAUAUAAUAAAAAGAGAAUUGUUAAAUGGUUUUAAAAUUGGUAAAAGACAUUACAAGAUUUUAGGCUGUUCAACAAGUCAUUUAAGAGAUCAGGGUUUAAUGUUCUAUGCAUACGAGGAUAUUGGUAAUAUCCUUUGCGAGUUAGGAAAGUUUGAGCACAUAAAAUGUGUGUCAAAAUAUAUGGCAAGGAUGGGUCAAGUUUUUUCUCAGGCAAUAGAAGCUGCUCAUGUGGACAAGAAUAAUAUUGAAGAAGAGGAUGACAUAAAAGUCACUUGUCCAAAAUCUCAAGAGGAAUAUGAAUUUUCUGAUGGUAUAGGCAAAAUAUCCCUUUCAUUAGCGAGAAAGGUGUACGAAAAUUUAAAAUUUACAAACCAACCUUCAGCCAUGCAAAUAAGAUAUGCCGGUUUUAAAGGGAUGUUAACUGUUUGGCCAGAUCUGGAAGGGGAUAAAAUCAUUUUUCGAAAGAGCAUGAAUAAAUUUCCUUCUGACAGUGAGAGUUUAGAAGUUUUGAAAGUUAGCAAACCAAGAUUAGUUUAUCUGAAUAGGCAUUUUAUUACUAUUUUAUCACACUUGGGAAUAAGAGACAGUGUAUUUUUUGAGCUUCAAAAACGCAUGUUGGAGAAAUUACUUAAGAGUUUUAUUUAUGAAGAAGAUGCAAGAGAUUUGCUGAAGGAAUGUUGUUCAUUUCGCAUUAAUUAUGAUGCUAUUCACAAGUAUGGAAUUGAAAUGUUGUUUGAGCCAUUCUUUGUGUCAUUAUUAAAGGCUAUAUUUUAUAAACAUAUAGAAACAUUAAAGGAGAAAACACGAAUAAAGAUUACUCCAGAUAAGGGAAGGACCAUGUUUGGCGUUUUGGAUGAAACGAAACAGUUGGAAUAUGGGCAAGUGUUUGUGCAGUAUUCUAAGGAUGUUUGGGAUGAAGAAGACAGGAGCCCCAUUAUACUUACAGGAGAGGUAUUAGUGACAAAAAACCCUUGCAUGCAUCCAGGUGAUGUCCGCAAAUUUCAGGCAGUUGAUAUUCCGGAAUUAAGACAUAUUAAAGAUUGUAUAGUUUUCCCAGCAAAAGGAAAGCGACCACAUCCUAAUGAAAUGGCAGGAUCAGACCUGGAUGGUGAUGAGUAUAGUGUAAUAUGGUUGGAAGAUUUAAUAUUUGAGUGCAAUAACCAUCCGCCUAUGGAUUUUCCGAAAGCCACAGCAGAAGAAUUGGAUCAUCCGGUACAGGCUGAAGACAUGGUGAAAUUUUUUUGCAAGUUUAUAAAAGAAUAUAAUCUUGGAAAAUUGGCUAAUGCUCAUUUAGCAUGGGCAGAUAAAGAGUAUGAUGGAGUGAUGAGCAAAAAGUGUAUAAAUAUAGCCAAAAAAUAUUCCAAAUGUUUGGAUUUUGCCAAAACUGGCGUUAAUGAAACACUGAGUCAUGACGAGUAUGUAAGUGAGUAUCCUGAUUUUUUUGAUAAGAAAAUUGAAAAAGAUUCGUAUCGAUCUACAAAAAUUCUUGGUCAGCUUUAUCGUUGCAGCAAAAUUGUGCAGUUGGGUUUUCAGGAAUUUGUUGAAUCAGAGUAUGACACUCCCAAUUACAAACACUAUAGGUUGGACGAUGAUUUGCUGUAUGACAGCAGAGAAAUAUAUAUAAGGUCAGCAAAAAAAGCCUACCGAAAAUAUAAAAGAAAGGUAGAGACUAUGUUAACUCAGUAUGGUAUCGACACAGAAGCUGAACUGUUAUCUGGAUAUAUUUGCAAUAUGCAUAAGUAUGUGACUGAAAAUCAAGAAUUGAAUGAUUUACAGCUUAUUGAAGUCAGAGUGAAAAUGCUAGUUAAAGAAAUGCGGAAGGAUUUUGUUAGUGAAUUUGUUAAUGAUGAAGAAUAUGAUGAGAAAACUAUAUUGGAAAAUCUUUAUGGAUCAGAACAUAAGGAAAAGGUGUUUCAGAAAGCAUCUGCUUGGUACCAGGUAACUUACGAUGAAACACAAAGAGAAGAAACAAACAUUAAGAAAAGGAGAUACUAUCUUGGAUUACCAUGGACCAUAACUGAUGUUUUAAAUACUAUGAAAAGAAAUAGAAAUGUAAAUAAAAGCUGCAUUUCUAGAAGAAAACAAUUUGAAAAUCAAAUAGAGAAAUCUCUCAAGAAUAAUUUUCCAAAUGCAUUUGAAAAACCAAUUGAAAGUAAGUUCGAUGUAAGCAAAAUUAUAUUUAUGAUAAUGCAUAACUGGAUAAAUAAUGAAAUUUUAAAAUCAAAUGAAUUAUCUGAAGUGCCAGAAGCUUUACUGAGUGACUUACUUCAAUAUGUAUUUCAGGAAACGUCAGAUAGAAUUGUAGACAGUGAUGGAAAAAUAUCAAUCACACAGACACUGAUGACUUGUUUAGAAAGAUUGGCAUGUAUGAUGCUGGAAAAGAAUUCAUUAAAUACAACAGAAUAUGUAGUGCCAUAUAUUUUGAAUAACCAGUUUUUGGGACAGUUAUCUUUCAAGAUCCUUUUGAAUCUCGUAUGCUCACAUAACACUGAAUUCUUUCAAUCCAUUAAUGCACACUUGAAAAUCGAAGAGCAAGUUGAAGAGGCAACCUUUCGAUUACAAUUGCAUGAUGAUGAUCUCUCAAGAAGGUUUUGCUGCCAUCAAAAUGAAGUCAUAGAGAUUUUAAAACAGUGGACAAAUCUCAAAGAGAUCAAAUAUCGUCUGGUUCAAGUAAAUGAUAGUAAGUGGAUGUCCUUGAUAACUGUGAAAGGUAAUAAAUAUGCUGUCAAUCACUUUCAAGAUUUGAUUAUUGACAAAAGUUUUAAAGAUAGUAUUAUUGACAGUAUACAAGAUGAUUGAAUUUUUUGUAAAAGACCCUGCACAAUCCUUAUGAGUUUAAGCACAUUAAGAGAUUUUUUAUAAAAGUUUAUGGUUUACUCAGAAUUUUUUGUGUUGAGAGGGGUAGUUUACUGUUAAAGUACAAGGUUUCCAAAAAGUAAUGUCAGUGAGUCGAUUAGAAGACAUUUAUUGAUCCGAUCAGUACAAUACAUUAAAAGGUUUCAAAAUAGACUCCUCCUGCGUGAAUACAUCACUUCCAGCGAGAUUUUCAGGCAUCAAAGGCAUCUCGGUAGGCCUUUUCCAAAAUGCCCUUUAGAGUCUUGGUACAAGCCUCUUUGACUUUGUCAACUGUCCUGAAAUGAUUUCCUUUCAUUGGAGUUUUCAAGCGCAGGAACAAGAAGUUGAGGGAACCACAUCAGGAUUGUAGGGCGGCUGGGGAACCAUUGGCACCUUUGAAUUAGCGGGGAAGCAGGUCAUGAGGAAGGCGAUGUGGGCCAAUGCAUUGUCAUGAAGUUUUCAAUCAUAUGUGAUGUUCGGCUGGACGCGAUGAACCCUUCGUUUGAGUCUCUUGAGCACUUUCACAUAGAAUUUGGCAUUGACAGUUACACCAUGUGGUACAAAAUCAUGGUGGACGAGCCCCUGGUUGUGUGUUAAGUCUCAGGGCCUACUGAUACGCUCAUGCAGGUACAGUAGGGGUGUUGGAGGGACCUUUGGGACGGGACGGGAUGUACUAUAAUUACAAAUGUAGUAAAUAUAUGAAAGUAAAGAUAUUAUUUUAACUUUUAUUAUCGUAUUAUUAAUUAAGAUAAUAUACAGCACUUAUUAAGCUUAGCUUUUUUCAUUAUAUACUCCUCUAAAUUGAAGGAUUUUCCUUUGGUCGUCCACAUCGCGUGUUUUAGGCAUCCAUUAUUAUAAUCGGGAUACUUCUUGUCAUAGAUACAAUCAAUCAAUCAAUCAAUAUCUUUAUUAUGUACAACAGUUUGUACAUGCCCGGCUCCGCAUGGCGCUACCGGGAAUGAAAACCAGAUACAGUAGUUGUUAACAUGUUUACAAUACAGGAAUUACAGAGAUAUCAAGAAUUAGGUUGGAAUAGUAUACAGGAGUAAAUACAAUGAUGCUGCAGGUAUAGCGAUGAUGAUGUAGUUAAAUACAAGGAUGAUGUAGUUAAUUACAAUUUGUUUACAGUAAAAGGUACAUACAGAAUUACAAAGUGAUGGAUUUUGAAGGCUAUACAAGUACAGACAUUAUGCAAUAUUACAAGUGUUAAUGCAAAAUAAAACAUAAGUGUAGAAGGAAAAAGCACAUAAAAUACAUAAAAUUGAGCACAAUACAGCAAGAAAAGUAAUGAUACAUUAUAAUAGAGUGUAAAAUACAAUUUGAGUAUAGGAUACAAUACAUAAGAGAAGUAAUAUGAGCCAUUACAUUACAACUUUGAAAACAGUAGCAGUUAGGUGGCAUAUGUACAAUAUUUACAGAUGUCUGUAGCAGUGGCGAAGGUAAUGAAGAGAACGAAGCCUGGUGAGAAACUACUCAUGCAUGGUGAUGCGUGCCACGCAUGAGUAGUUUCUUUGCUCAGGCAAGCACUAGGUUUCGAAAGGCUGAAUAAAGAUCCUUGUGUUUAAGGAGAUCAUGUUGCUGACACGGCCAGGAGAUGUUUAAUUUCUGUGCAAUUAGUUCAAUUUCGAGGCGUUCCCUUUCAAGGCACACGCAUUUGUAAAGAUAGUGGUUGGGACCAUCCACCUCCCUACAGAUGGCACAAAGGGGAGUACGUUUACCCGUAAAGCGAUGGAGAUAACUGGAAAAUCUUCCGUGGCCAGUAAUAAACUGAGUCAGGAGAGAAUUGAUAUUAAUCCAGGUAUGGCAGUGGUGCUCGUUGAUAUUAGGUAUGAAUUGGUAGGUUAGGUUACUGUGGUUGUUGUUCCAAGAGUUUUGCCAGCGGAGGAGAAGAAUAUCAUUAUACAAAAGACGUUUGACUUUGCUAUGGCUGAGCAUGUUGUAUAUGGGAUCCAACGUAUUAUCAUUGGCAGCAGCCUUUGCCAGCUGAUCCUGCUCUUUCAUUUCCAGCAGUGCCUUGGUGCCCACGGACCCAGCUGAUACUGUAACUGUUUGAGGAAAGACAAGUGAGAUUUUUUAUUGCUGUUGUGAUAAGGUGAAGCUGUCUGCUGUUGAUGAGAGCAAUCGCAGACUGGCAAUCUGUGAAAAUGGCUAUCUGUUGGUUAUCGAGAUGCUGUUCAGACCAGUCAAUUGCCAUAUGAAUGGCUUUGAGCUCAGCCUGAAAGACUCUGCAUAAAUUGUGGAGCCUGUAAAUCUGGUGGUGAAUCUCAUACUGUCCUUGAUGUACAACGAAGGUACAUCCAAUUUUCCCAUUAGCCCUGAGCCAUCCGUGUAGAUCUCCACGUCAGGGUUGAUAGGCGUGUCUGUGCUGAUGUAAUUGCAGAUAUAAGGGGGAGUAAGAUCAGUGAGCAGGUUUAUUUUCUCAUAAUUAUCAGCAGGAAUAUUACAAGUAGUAGUGCAGAUGUCAUGACCAGUUUUCAGCUGCCAAAGCUCAUAUCUGGCUUGAAUAACGUCGGUAAUGGGCGGUUUUUGGUAAGGAUCUGCAGACUCCCAUUGGGCGUGGUGCGGUAGGCCCCAGAGAUGAGGAUCAAUGCUUUGCGCUGGGAUGAGAUAAGCUUACUACGUGGAUGUACCUUUCUGGCAGCCCAGCUCCAGCUACCACUUGCAUAUGUGAUGAUGGGAGUGAAUAUGUGAUCAUAAAUGAUGCUGAGAGCAGCAGAAUUUAAACCCCACUUCUUACAUGCAAACUGAGAGAGAGCCCAAAAAAUGAGGUUGGUUUGGUUAGUUAUGUACUUGAUAUGGUCGUCCCAGUUGAGACGGUGGUCCAGCCAGACGCCAAGAUACUUAAUAGUUUUCUGUACUUUAAUAGACUGAUUGUUCAUACGGAUAGUUGGGGUACGAAGGUAUAAAUUUGGUUGUCUUGGUUUGUUGAAUACUAUGCAUAUGGUCUUGUCAGGAUUAAAUUUGAGUUUAUGUUUAAGGCCCCAGUUGUAGAUUUGCUCAAGCGUGUCACUGCCUCUUUUCUCCAGUGCUGCACGUGAAUUACCUCCAAUUAAAAUUAGAACAUCGUCUGCAUAUGCAGUAAUGUUGUUGUGUCCAAAAUCCUCAAGUAGAAAAGGAUUAAACGUGAGGUUCCACAGAAGUGGUCCACAGACCGACCCCUGUGGGCAACCACGGGUGAUGUUUCUUUUUUCAUAUAGUGACCCAUAUUGUAGAAGGGGUCACUAUAUGAAAAAAGGUUCGUUGAGAUAAUCCUUAAUUAGGUAAUAAAGGUUGGCCGGGCAGUUAAUUUGCUUCAGACAGUACAAAAUGAGUGGCCACCAGGCAGUGUCAAAAGCCUUGGAAAUGUCAAGGCUGGUGGCCAACACAUACUUGUGCGUGUUGAGGAGUCUUUCUAUGUUCCUGAUGACAUGGUGGAUAGCGUCAGCAGAUGACCAUUGUUGGCGAAAACCAAACUGGGCUUUGCUGAGAAUAGUGUUGGUCUCUAUGUGCCAAGCCAGGUGGUCUGUCAGGAGUCGCUCCAGAACCUUACCAAACACUGGCAGCAGGGAGAUUGGCCUAGCCUCGUUUGGUUUUCCAGGCUUUGGAAUCGGAAUUAUUUGUGCGGUUUUCCACCCAAUCGGGAAGAUCCCAUUAUGUAGGCAGCUGUUGUAUAGUACAUGUUAAUGAUAUGCUGUGGUAUGAGCCUCCAUAUGGAUUUGGCUAUUUUGCUGGUAAUUUUGUUCACUCCUGGUGCCUUAUUCUCUUUCAGGUUUAAGAAGACAUGAUUGAUCCCUUCGUGGCUGAAUCUGGAGAGUGAGUAGUGUGGAUAGGUGCGUUUAUUUCGUUUCGUAUGUGUUUGUGCCAGGGGGUGUCUUCGUUGGUGUUGUCCUCAAUGCAGAAAGAGCUCAUUUGCCUAUUGAUGAUGUCGAAGAAAUUAUUGCCAGUAGACUCUACAUCAGCAUUAACCAAGGUUUGCGUUUUCCGUAGUUUGUUAGUGCACAGUUUGGUUAAGUAACCCCAUGGGUUAGAUGAAGCUGCGGUACAGAAUUGCCGCCAUGAUUGAACCUUGGCGUCUUUAAUUUCUUUUUUAUAAGUUACUUGAUGGUCAAGGUAGAGAUUCCUAAGGGUGGUGCAGUUGGGCUCUGUUCUGCAUUUUUGGUAAUUGCUUCGUAGUCUAUUAUUAAUUUUACGGAGCUCCGUAAGCUUUUCAUUCCACCAAGGAACAGAACGAUGCUUUGGGGUGGUCCUUGGGAUAUGAAGCUCGCAUGCACUCUGAAUGAUAGUAAUGUUAUGGUCAAGCGCACUACACACAUUGUCCCUGUUGUUAAGAUUACAGUCUAUGAAGUUGGAGUCCAUGUAGUUCCGCAUCCCAGUCCAGUCUGCCAGAGUCAGGUUGUAGUUGUAUUUGAGAAGAGAAGGGGAGUCCGUGUUGCAGUUAUUACUGGGGAGGUUAAAUGAGAUACAUGCGUGAUCACUUAAGCUACAGUCACCAAGCACCAUCCACCACUCAAAAUCAUUGAUACAGUUGAGGCUACAAGUGGCUACAUCUAUCCAAGUUUCACCCUGGGCAGAAGUGUAUGUGGGAGGUGAGAGAGUAUUGUUAAGAAUCUGGAAGCUAUUAUGGGCAAAGAGCUCUUCGAAGACGUCUCCACGAUGGUCUUGUUGUUCACCGCCCAUGUAGGAGAAUGUGCAUUGAUGUCACCAAGAAGGAUUAUUUUUGCAUGACUAAAACUGUUGAUGACUCUUUGAAUAUUGUUGACUGUUUGUUCCACGCUGGUUUCUCGAGGACAAUAAACAUUGAUGAAGAUAUAUCUAUUGUUAUUGUGGAUAAGCUCAGUGCAGACGAUAUUUUUGCUGGAUGAAUUACUAUGAUGUAGGGCAGAGAGGUUAGAAUUAGUCAUAAUGGUAAUUGCCCAGGGGUACUUGUCAGUACCUCUGAGCACAGAGCAGUACGUAGGUAGGCAAGCAGUAUUGUUAUGUAGGCAGUACGGUUCCUGUAUGAAUAUCAGGUCAUAUUUGUGGCAUUUUGUGGCAAGUAGGGAGGUGGCAGCAAUGCCUCUUCCCAGAUUUAUCUGCAGACAACUGAUGCUUUUAUUUUCACUAAGAUCCAUAAUCGGUAUGGUCGAUGAUGAUAUUCUUGACACGUUGAUAUACAGGGCAGGAACCAUCAUGAGAAUUAUGUGGAGUUGAAUUUGCUUUUUCAUUGUGACAAUUAUGUGGGGCUGCUGUUCCGAUUUGGGCAUUCUUUGUAACUGUGGUCACCUGCACAGUGGCUGCAGGUGGAGAUAUCUUGUGUGCAACUUUCAGUUGUGUGCCCGAAUUUGCAACACCGGUAGCAUUGAACUACGGGAACAAAGUCGGCCACUCUUCACCAAGACCACUCUAUGUUUAAUUUUCCGAUGGCCAGAAGCUGUCAUCUCAGUAGAGGAGUAACCUCUAUGACCCAGUUGCAAUAUUGGCCUUCACGUUUCCCUACAUUGAAUUUAAUUUUCAAAUAUUCGUUGAGUUCCUCUUUACUGUAAUUUUCAUUUAAUGUGCUAUCUUGCUCAUAUAACAUUUUGGUCAGGUUCUCACGAGUUAUUUGUUUAGACACUGAAUAAACAAUCAUAUGCAGAUUCCUCUUUUUUGGAUGCCUUGUUUGUAGUUCUGGAAUAUUAUCCUGAAUGGUUUUUUUUCUAACUUUUCAAUGUCUUGCUUAUUGUUUAGGUCGAUAGUCACCCCACCAGAGCUAAUGUGCCGUAUGCGCUCGACCCCUAUUCCCAGCUUAAUGGUUUGAUUUUUUCUUGAAUAAAUUUGCGUGUAUUAUUGCUGUUCUUUUCAUCAUAUUUUUGGUACACCAGAAGAACGUCUUUACUCUGUCUGGUGGUUUUAUUUGUGUGCGGAGGGUUAACAGCAAUGCCGGAUUUUAAAAUGGUACUGUAGGAAGGGAUGGUUGUAGCCUCCUGCCAAUCAAUUUUCAAUUUGAUAUUUCCUUUAUUAUUACAAUCAUUUUUUAUGGUUUUUCUAUCCAGCCCGAAAUCUACGAGAUAUUUAUUCCAGUGAGUUACCACAGGCAGAAACAUAUCUAUUAUAUAGGUAUGAUGAUUUUUUUUUCAAAUGGACAUCUUACUAAUGACAAAUAUAGAAGUACUGCUUUUAAAAGAUUCAAACCCAAUUUACGUCUCAAAACGAAGCAUACCCCAAUCUGUUGACAUGUAAAAUCAAGAAGAAACGUACGGGAUUUGGGUGUGAUACAAAGUAUUUUGAUUUGGAUUGGUUUAUUUGUAUAAGGCAACGCGACAUAGGAGGAAUUUAAUGGAAAACUCCGCGAUUUAGGUGUUAUAAACGUGAAGUAAACCGUGAAAACACCAAGUAGACAGCCUGUUGACGAGGCGUAAAUCCACAACCAACUACCAGUGUUUGCUGGUAUUAUCCAUCCUGUCACUGCCAAAUUAUUCUGGAAUAAUGAAGAAUCAAAAACACCUGAUCUGCCGAGAAUGGGACAAGAUAAUAUCAAACUUUGUCACUAAAUAUUUUCUCUGAAAAUAAUCAUUGCCACAAAUGAACGACCAAUGCUACAAUUAAAUACAACAAUAAUUUGGCUCGAAGCAAAGUAGAAUUAAAGGAGUAAAAACGAACUCUUGUUUAUUGUUUUGAUUCAUUAAAUUUAGCUACUGUAUCCAUACUUAUGGAGAGAGGACAAUUUAUCGUCCUAGUUUAAGAAUUUGUUGAUAUUAUAGAGACAAGCUAAUUAAAUAUAUAUGCAAAGUAUAUAUUUAACUAAUCACAUCUAUCAAAAGGAUUGUAAACAGAUAUCAAAGUUAUUUCAGUAUAAUAAAUUUUAGAUAAAAACUGACGUGGUUGGGAUUUUCUAAGCCAAUAUAAGAAAUACUUGAAAACAUUUUAAAGCUUAUUUCUUUUUAGCAAUCAUUCAUUUAAAUUUCAUAAUCACCGAAACCAGCAGAAAUUAUUAUAAACCGAACCUCGUUAUAGCGUCAUUCUUAAUAUGCCACCCUCGGCCGUUUGUCCAAGGCUGUUAAAGACUUUAGUGUACUGCUUUGGUAUCCAUGAUUGAAUAUGGGCGAAGAAAAAUCCCCAAAAAGUUUUGGAAGUGAUCUAUCCUGGAUAUGUCUGGCUCAUUCCUCACCACUCAUUGUCCCAGUAUGGGCCUGGUCGAACCCACGAUGUGUGUGGAAAGAAGACUCAGUAUUUAUAUGGCAAAUAUAGUCCAAAGAAUCGCUAAUAAAUACUUAUGAACACGUCUUUUUCAGGUGUUACAGGUCUCUUCUUAUACGCGAAUCGCUAAAUAUAUGAUUUUGAACCCUGUACAUCAUUACGUAACUUAAAUACUCGUCCUAGUAUGUAAAUCUCUACUACAAAUAAUGUUAAUUGUUCGAGAACCCUGAUUCAGUGCCACAUACAAUUUAGUGACCGUUUCAGAGGCGAACAAAUGUUGGCUCUAAAUCAAGUUUGUGUUUUAUAUCAGUUAUUGUUAAUAAAUGUAAUAACCGCCAUUUAAAAAGUUACUUUUAAGUUACAUACAUCGUACAUUUUUAUAAAUUUAUAAGAAAAUUACAAUACUUGCUUCUUAAUUGGUCACUCAUUGGUCAAAUUCAACCACUCAGCGUUAAGACGCUAGAAUUAUUAUGAUAAUACCGAGGACUACUUAUGUUCAAAAAGUUAAUUGUAAUUAAAUUUUGUACAAUUAAAAUUACAAUUGUUGAUAUUUUUUCUAUAUUUAAUCAACUUAAUGUUUAAAAAAUGCUGAUUAUAUUCAGAUCAGCUGUAGUUAUUUAAUAAAAUUCUUAUCUAAUGUAUACAUUGCUUAGUUUAUAAAAAUUAAACAUAAUUUAUUAUUAUAGAAAAAUAAGUAAAUAAUGUUUAUGAAAAUGAUGACACAUCAUUUCCAUUGUUAGUAUGAGUCUAUAGCAGUUUUAUUACGCAUGCUUAUCACUUAUAUAAUUAUGCAAGAUGCUUCACUUAGAAGCAUCUUACGUAAUGAUUUCGUUAUCGGUUCGAUAACAAAACGAAAACCGAAACUGAAAGAUUAUUAUAAGGAUUCGACACAAAGGCUUUUCAGACAUAUGAUUAAUCGGUAAGUAGUCGCUAAUUUAAAUCAAUUUUAAUAAUUUUUACUUUCUCGGCUUAUAAUAUUUGGUUUAUUUAUUUAUGGCAACGCGAUACAUGGGCUAUCUACAGAGGGGAAUGCCUCUCGGGAGGACUUUCUGUGGGAAACUGACUCCUAUUUAGGUGUUACUAAAGUGAAGAAAACGAAGGAAUUUCCAUGUGGCUAGACAGAUCGUUGAUGAGGCGCGAACCUGCAACCAACAAAAUUGCCGAUGUUGAAUGGUUUACUUGCCCGCUAGUUGGCCUGUUAAUUUAUAUAAUAACAGAAGGAAAGUAUGGCGAUUAGUCAAAUGUCCACCCAACAUUUUUACAUUUUUAGACUCAGAGGAUCUUGAAACGUCCAUAAAUGCAAACAAUUUAGUUUAUUUUUUCUGUACGUAUAGAUUUUAGUAUAUAUAGGGGUACAAUUUGUUCGUCCACUUUGAAGCUUAAUAACUCCUGUAUCUUGUAUCGAAAUUUUCUGAAAUUUUGCAAAGGUUUUAUGUAUUGUGGAUUGAUGCUAUGAAAUUUUGGUGAUUAAAAUUCGGGAGGUGAUAGAUGGGGGUUCUUAUUUGUAUCUCGAGAAGCGUCGAACUUAAUGAAGGUUUUACUUGUUAGCAUUUACAAUUAUUUUAAAAAUAAAACUUAUUUUUACCCUCGAAACGAAACUUUUCGCUAGUUUUCAACAAUGGCGCCACUCACAACUUUAACUUUGUUUCCAGGAAAGUUACGCAACUCAUUGUUAGAUUUUAAAGUAUAAUAUAUGUUACAUUAACCAUACGAUUAAUAUAUAUAUAUAUGCAUAUUGAUAUUAAUUAUGAAGUUUGGUAUGAAAUCAAAGAAUAUUGGGGUUGUGUGUUAAGAAAUGGUAAAUUAUAUGAAAUUAGAAACAAAUAAAUGAAAAAAUAAAAUGAGAAACAAAGAUUUACAAUAGCAAAUGUCUAGCACGUAGUCGAAAUUUUAAAAUAUAAGAAGUUUCUAAUGAUUCGAAUGAAUAACUAUAUUAUUAAUACAGUUAUUAUAUAUUUAAUUACAUGACUGACAUAAAUAAUUAGAUAAAUUAUCGCUGAUAUAGCUGUAGUAUUAUCAUGAGUCACUUUAGAUAAGUAACGAAGUAUAAAUUAUGAUAAAAAGUAAUUUUGCUUAUCUGGGUGACCUCUGAGGUAGGACGAUGUUGUACCUCAUUUUUUUUUUAGUCGGCAAACAGACCGAUAAGCCACUUGUGUAAUACCCUAUUCACACUGUAUAUUUUAAGCCAGCUUAAAUGACUAAGCUAGCUUAAGGAAUGAAAUAUGAACGGAACUGACUUAACGUUAAACCGGUUUAACUACCAACAGCUGGCUC